AUGUCGUCCGCAGACCUCGACAAGCUCCUCGGCCUCAUCGGCGCUACCAAGCCACUGCCCGAAGACCCUGUCAAGAGAGCAGACAUUGAAACUGUUUUGAAGGAUGGCUAUGUCGUCCUCGACGGACUCCUCGACGAGGAAGACGUCAAGACCCUGGCCGACGAGGUCGACCGCAUGACGGGCGAUGAUCCCAAAUUUGGCCGGAAGACCUUUGAAGGCUGGGCUACUAUCCGUAUCUACUCUUUGCUCAACAAGACUCGCAAGUUUGACAAAUGCUGCCUUUUCGACCGCGUUCUCUCGCUGAACAACUUCUUUAUGCUGGAGGGCUACGGGCUCUCGGCGACAUCGAGUAUCCAGAUCAACCCGGGCGAGAAGGCUCAGCUGAUCCACUACGAUGAUGGAUACACAUAUCUGCCUCGUCCUCGUCCUCCCAUGAGCACCGCUAUUAUGAUUGCUAUCGACGAAUUUACUGUAGAGAACGGCGCGACUCGUAUGGUUCCCGGAAGCCACAACUGGGACUCGAAGCGGGUGCCGACUCCUGACCAGGCCGUUCCUGUGGUUGGCAAGCCCGGAACAGUGGUCUUCUUUCUCGGAACAACAUGGCACGGUGGUGGUCCCAACACAACCGACAAGCCUCGCCGCGCAGCCACUGUACAAUACUGCCAACCAUACAUCCGCCCCGUCGAAAACCAAUUCCUCGCCGUCGACCCCCGUCGUCUUCCAGAAAUCCCAGACGAGAUUGUCAAGAUGAUGGGCUACGGAAUUCUGAAGCCAUUCAUCGGAUACGUUGACGGCCUCGAUCCCCUCAAAGGCGCACGACGCAUGGUCGAUUGGCUGCAGCAACCACUGGAUGCUCAACCCCCUGCUUUUGCUACCAUGACUUGA